AUGCCAACGCCUGGAGGAAAGCCUUGUGAACCUUUGCACAAGGAGGAAAUUGUCCCCUGCAACACGGAGUCCUGCUCCCGUGGCGCCUGCAUCGAUGCUGUGUGGAAAGACUGGAGCUCUUGGGAGGCUUGUUCGAAGACCUGCGAUGGUGGCAUCACCUGGCGACACCGAACCUUGCGGCAGAAGGCCAACGAAUGCGGCCGUCCUGCCACAGGCGCCCUUGCACCGAAGGUGACGUUAGGACCCGGAACGCGGCGCUUGGAUGCGCGAAGCCUUAACAGGAAAUUGGUGCGAAGAGCAGACUUGACAUUCAGCAAGAAGGCAGUACUUGGCGCAGGUAUGGCCAUGGAGCAUGCUGCGUGCAACCGUGGCAUUCCCUGCGAGAAAGAUGUGGACUGCGAGAACGGCAAGUGGUGUGUGGGCCCGUUGAAGCAGACUGCGCCAUGCCCGAGCGGACCGGAUUGUUUUGGAGGUCCUCCAGUGGACUGCGAGGUGAGCAACUGGGAUGAAUGGGAUGUGUGCUCAACGACGUGCGGCCCGGGACAGAAGAUCCGAUCAAGGAGAAUCCUUCAACGGCCAGAAAAUGGGGGCAAGUUCUGCGACGGUGAAUUGACUGUGACAGAGUCCUGCAACAAUGCUCCAUGCCAUACCUGCACGCCCACUGACUGCAUGUGGGGUCAAUGGGAGAUGUGGGGAGCUUGCGACAAGUGCGGUGGCCAGAGGAAGCGCUUCCGAAGAGUCACCGUCCAAGCAGACUGCGGAGGUCGCAUCUGCGAGAGGGACUUCGCCGAGGAGAUGGGGAACUGCACAAGGAUCUGCCAUACACCCACCUACUGCACCUCAGAUUGCACGGAAGAUGGGGCACAGUCGUUUUGGCAGGGGUCUGGGCAGGCUAAAAUCGUGGUGCUUUGGCGAUUGCAGGCCACAAUAGGUACACCAAGAGGAAGACUGCCUUGA